ACCAUGCAGGUCGCCAAAGGAAUCGAGAACCCGGCUUUCGUCCCUUCCAGCCCGGACGUCCCACGCCGUGCGUCUGCUUCGCCCUCCCAGGUGGAGGUCUCUGCUGUGACCUCCCGGAACCAGAAUGGGGAUUCUCGACCUCGGGAAUCUGAGGAGCACCAGAAGCCAUCUGAGCCAUCUCUGCCUUCUUCAACUCCUCCAGCUUCUGAUGAGCCGCCGGGGUCACAGCUCUGCGAGCUAGACGAGGGACCUUGCGGGUGGAGGGACUUCCACCCCGGGUGUCUCCAGUUCUGUAACACGCCCCAAGGCUUUCUGCUUCACUACUGCCUCUUGGCCCUCACGCAAGGUAUUGUAGUAAAUGGCCUAGUAAACAUUAGCAUCUCCACCAUCGAGAAGCGCUACGAAAUGAAGAGCUCACUGACUGGCUUGAUAUCAUCCAGCUAUGAUAUCGCCUUUUGCGUAUUGUCUUUAUUUGUAUCGUUCUUUGGGGAGAGAGGACACAAACCUCGCUGGCUCGCGUUUGCCUCCUUUAUGAUAGGACUGGGAGCACUGGUAUUUUCCCUGCCACAUUUUUUCAGUGGAAAAUAUGAAUUGGGAUCCGUUUUUGAAGAUACUUGUUUAACAACAAGGAAUAGCACGAGGUGUGCGUCUUCAGACUCUUUGCUUUCUAACUACUUGUAUGUCUUCAUCCUGGGACAACUAUUGCUGGGGACUGGAGGAACUCCGCUCUACACCCUGGGAACAGCGUUCAUUGAUGACUCUGUGCCCACACACAAAUCUUCUCUCUAUAUAGGAAUCGGAUACUCUAUGUCAAUCCUAGGCCCUGCCAUUGGCUAUGUGUUGGGUGGACAGCUGUUGACAAUGUACAUUGAUAUUUCCCUGGGACAAAGUUCUGAUGUCACUGAGGAUGAUCCCCGGUGGUUGGGUGCCUGGUGGAUUGGGUUUCUUUUAGCUUGGCUCUUUGCUUGGUCUUUGAUAAUUCCCUUCUCCUGUUUCCCAAAGUAUUUGCCAGGAACAGCGAAAAUUCAAGCUGGCAAAACUUCCCAGACUCAUCAGAAUAGUAGUACUUCCUUCCAACCUGCAGAUGAAAAUUUUGGAAAAAGUAUUAAAGAUUUUCCAACUGCUAUAAAGAAUUUGAUGAGGAAUACUGUCUUUAUAUGUUUAGUUCUAUCAACCACUUCUGAAGCAUUAGUUACCACGGGAUUUGCCACCUUUUUACCUAAAUUUAUAGAACAUCAAUUUGGAAUGACAUCCAGCUUUGCAGCUACGCUUGGAGGGGCUGUUUUAAUCCCUGGAGCUGCUCUUGGUCAAAUCUUAGGUGGUGUUCUUGUUUCAAAAUUCAAAAUGAAGUGUAAAAAUACAAUGAAGUUUGCAUUGUUUACAUCUGGAGUAGCACUUAUGCUGAGUUUUGUAUUUAUUUAUGCAAAAUGUGAAAAUGAGCCAUUUGCUGGUGUUUCUGAAUCAUAUAAUGGAACAGGAGAACUGGGGAAUUUGACUGCUCCUUGUAACGCCAAUUGCAACUGUUUGCGGUCCUAUUAUUACCCUCUCUGUGGAAGUGACGGAAUCCAGUAUUUUUCUCCCUGCUUUGCAGGUUGUUUAAACUCAGAUUCAAACAAGAAACCAAAGGUUUAUUACAAUUGUUCCUGUAUUGAAAGGAAAAUAGAAAUCACACCAAUUGCAGAAAGUAUUGAUUCUGAAACUAAAGCUGGAAAAUGUAGAACUCGGUGUACAAACUUGCCGAUGUUUCUUGGCAUUUUCUUCAUUACAGUUAUCUUUACUUUCAUGGCAGGUACUCCGAUAACUGUGUCUAUAUUAAGGUGUGUCAAUCACAGGCAGCGGUCUCUAGCAUUGGGAGUACAGUUUCUGCUACUUCGGUUGUUAGGCACAAUACCUGGGCCAAUUAUAUUUGGUGUCACAAUAGACAGCACAUGUGUUCUGUGGGAUGUCAAUGAAUGUGGAAUAAAAGGAGCUUGCUGGAUUUAUGAUAACAUCAGGAUGGCCCAUAUGCUGGUAGCUAUAAGUGUUACUUGUAAAAUUAUCACCAUGUUCUUCAACGGGCUUGCGAUUGUCCUCUAUAAACCACCACCACCAGGCGCAGAGGUGUCCUUUCAAAGUCAGAAUGUAGUUGUUUCUACUAUUUCGAUAGAAGAGGAUCUCAACAAAAUUGAAAAUGAAGGAUGAAAAAGGAAAGGAGAUCGGGAAAACUGGUUCUGUUAAGAAGACCACACUGUGCCAAAGCUCUAUUUUCUAGUCUGUGUAGAACAAAGCUUAUGUUCCACAAUUGAGACUGUUGUCCACAUUCAGAUUCUUAUUUUACUUAUAAUCCAAACAAACAAACAAGAAAAAAACUCAGGCCUGUGCUUUUAAAGUUUACGAAAAGCCAUAAACCACACAGAUUCUUUGCUUCCAUUGUCUAGCUAUGAAAUCACCAAGAAAUAACAAGAAAAAUGGCCAACAAGUAAUUAAAAGUUUACACUGAAAAAACACAGGUGCACAAUCAAAAUUUAAAACAUCAGUUUCUGUUUGUUUUGCUUUUUGUAAGACCUCACUUAUCCCCAGCUGCCCAGAAACUCAGGUGGCCAAGGAUCACCUUUGUGCUCCAUCCACCUGACACUAUAUCUUAAGUAUUGGGGUCCCAAGUGUAUAUCACCACCUCUGGCUCACACUGACAUUUUAAAAAAUUCUUUCCAUAAUGAUUUACAUUUCAAUUUUCAUUGUCAAUAGUUUGAAUUUAUUUAAGAAACUUACAACAUAAAAGUUUAAGCUAAUCAGAUGUAUGUGAUGGUUUGGGGGACUUGUUAUUUAAAACGCAUGAAAUUCAAGUCAGGUUCCAAUGUAAUUCAUUUUUAUUUUAUAUUAUGUCUCCUUUUCUACCAUUUAUUUUCAUAGUAAGUUACUGAACUGAUAGACUACUGGAUAGUGUUCUUCUUUGUGUUCAGUACCCUUUAGCCUCAGAAAUCUCAGCAUUAACUACACAUAUUUUCAAUUUAGAAUAAGACUUCUAGGAAGUAAUUUGUUAAUGUUACUUUUUACACUAAAACAUGUGGUUCUAUGAUAGUAUUAUUUAAUUACAUGUUUUCAGAGGAAAGAACCAGCCAUAAUGUGCCACCUCGACAUGACAAACUGUCACCAUGCACUAUUGACAAACACGUAUUCGAUCCUUCAAAUUUUAUUUUCUAAACUAAUUACAUAGCACAUUACUUAGAGUAACCUAAGCAGAGUUUCAUUUAACAGGCAUCAGAUAUUGUUAUUUAGUUAAGGUUUUAAAUUCUAUAAUGCAUUUACUGGAAUCACAAGUAUUUCAUGCACUUGACAUCAGAGAACUAAAUCCCAUCUGUGUGGGUUCCUGGUAAAUUUACUUAAAAUACUGAAGAAGUCAGUCAUUUAGUAUCAGCAAAAACUUACUAUUGUGAAUACUAUUUCUAAUUUAGAAAAGUAUUGAAGGGCUAAGGAUGUAGCUGAAUGCAAGGUCUAAAUUUGAGACUCAGUGCUGAAAAGAUCUACUCAAAACAUAAGGUGGGUGUAUUUGAGUUGCUUUUUGCAGAUUAAAGCUUCUAUUUAAUAAGGUUUGGUAUCAGGUUUCAUGUAACAGGUUCCCCAUCAGGAAAACACAAGCCAGAAGAAAGGACCUGGAAGAAAGUUAGAGUCAAAAGCACUAGAAUUCACAGAAUUUAUGUUAUUGUGUCUGGUGGUAAUUGUGUAGGGUCAAGGACUUCAGAACCUAUUAGGAUUUCUAAGCUUAAAUUCAAGAAGGAGGGAUUAGCUACGAGUUAGACAUGCAAGCACCUUGAAUAUUAAAUGAGAGGUGUAGUCUCAGGAAGCACAGUGCUAGACUUAUUUAACUCAGGAACAUUUACAAACCAAAAAUCAAAUGAAAAGUUAUAACCAAAACCCAGGUAUUUGGGAAGCAGACAGUUUUAUCACCUAAAGGGAUAACACAAGAAAGACAGAGAAAUAAAUACUCAGGAUACCUCAGGUGAGAAUAUUCAUUCCCAUCUUCCAGACACGUUUUAAAGACUGCCUCCAUUGUGGUCAAGGGUAAUAAAUGUUAGAGUUUCUCAAGUGUGGAAACAUGGAAUCCAAUGGGAAACUAUAACGCAAUGGCAUUUGAGAAAUUCAACAAUUUCUUGAGAACAAGAAUGAAAACUGGCCAUAUAAACAGAUGAGUAUAUGGCUACUUAGAGAGAAAAAAGGAAAGAAAUCCUAAACAUAGAAAUAGUCCAUCAAACAGGUCAAUAAACAGUAGGCAUCUCUGAUGCUUAGUGUUCAUCAAACUGACAUUGUCUUCAGUAUACUCAGUUUCAAAGUAUUUCUUUUAUAUUUUUUUAACAAAUUUUCAAAUGAAAAUGGCAUAAGGAAACCAAUAAUUUUGGUACUUACGUAUGCAUAUUUAGAAAGGAUACCUCCAUUUGUGAUAACACUACUGUAAUCUUCAUUGUUUCUACCUAUAAAGGCAUGCAAAUUAUAUGUGUUGGCAUGCCACUUUUAGAAUACAUUUCCAUAAUAUAUAUUUGCCAGAGUUUAUAGUUACAGAGAAUAAGUUGCAGAUGGGCCUGCUGUAAGUUUGUACAUAUUUGAAUAUAUCUUAAAAUUUGUAAUAUUUUAAUUUUCUUAAGUGCAUAAAAAGUAUAAAACUCAUACACAUGAGAAAAUUGUAUACAUUUGGCUUUGCUUUGUAAAUUGAAAGAAGAUACACAUAAAAUAUAGACUUAUUUUCUUUGUUGCAAAUAA